CUUCGACGUUGUGACGCGGCUACUGUGUCAUUCGGUCAGCGCGCUGUGCCAGCGGGAAUUUCGAGUUGUUGGUGAUCGUCGGUGGUGUUGCAGGGGAAGUUGUGCCGUUUUGGAGAGCCCUGCUCCGUGAUCGAUCCGACGCCUCGCCCCCCGUACGGAAAUGAAUUUACAGGACUAUUAGGAGACCCUCUGGCCUCUUAUCGACCAAUUAAGAUCUCGCAUUAUUGUUUAGACCGGAGGCACGAGGUCCAGUCCUCUAAUGUGCUACAAUGAGCCCGUCCGGGGUGAUGUGAUCAGAUCGCGUCCGCUAGCGGAGAUAAAAAUGUGAUUGCACCUCAGGCGGACUGGUAAUUGGUUCAGGAACAAUGCUCGCCUGCUUCUGGCUACAGUGCGUCUUCUGCUGGUCCGUGUUCAUAGAGUGCGCCAAGACGGCACCUGCCCUCAAGGAAGAUAAACUACAAGAUCAGGAAUAUUGGUACGAGCAGGCCCGCAUCGCCCUGCGGCGACGGCUGCAAUACGCCACAGAUCGACGACCGCACGCCAAGAACGUAGUGCUGUUCGUGGGCGACGGCAUGGGGGUGGCCACGGCGACGGCGGCGCGCAUCCUGCGAGGGCAACGCCUCGGAAAGCGCGGCGAGGACCACGAGCUGGCCUGGGACACUUUCCCGGCGGUCGCCUUCGCUAAGACCUACAAUAUGGACGCCCAGAUAGGCGAGUCGUCGGCCUGUGCGACGGCACUCAUGUGCGGGGUGAAGACCAACUUCGAAACGGUCGGAUUAGACGCCAGGGGCCGCUUCGAGAACUGUUUUUCCAGCUUCUCCUCCCGCGUGUCAUCCCUGAUAGAUUGGGCACAGGAGUCAGGAAAAUCAACGGGCAUCGUGACUAACACCAGGAUAACGCACGCUACGCCGGCAGCUCUAUACGGCCAUUCGCCUUCCAGGUACUGGGAGGACGACUCGAAGGUACCCCCGGCUUCACGGAAAUCCUGCAAGGACUUGGCACGUCAGCUUAUCGAGAAUGACCCUGGCAGGAACAUCAACGUUCUGUUGGGUGGUGGCCGUCGCCACUGGCUGCCGAAGGUGGCCCACGACCCCGAGCAGACGAAGGAAGAAGGCCGGCGCCUCGACGGCCGCAAUCUAAUCGACGACUGGGCUAGAGAUAAGAAAAAGCGCGGUCUUAAAGCGGAAUACGUCUGGAACAAGGGACAGCUCGAUAAAGUCAACCCCAACCAAGUGGACUACUUACUCGGGUUGUUUUCCUACUCGCACAUGGACUUCGAGGCGGACCGUGACCCUGGACCAACGGGGGAUCCCUCUUUGGCCGACAUGACACGCUCCGCGCUCUCCAUCCUGCUCAAGAAUCCCAAGGGGUUCUUCCUGGUUGUGGAAGGCGGGAGGAUCGACCACGCUCACCACUACAACAACGCCUACCGGGCUCUGGACGAGACGCUGGCCAUGGAGACGGCCCUCCUGGCCGCUCUGGCCCUCGUGAAUCCCACGGAGACCCUAAUCAUCGUAACCUCGGACCAUUCGCACGUUCUGACGAUGGGAGGACAGGCCACCCCAAGGGGGCACCCCAUUCUCGGUCCGGACAGUAAAGUCUCCGAUGUAGAUGGUCAACCGUAUACGACGAUUCUCUACGGAAAUGGUCCAGGAUUUGCUACUCCUCGAAUCAUACCCAUGAAUACCACGUCCGCUGCAGAAGAUAGAAAUCAAGUACACGCUUCGGCUGUCCCUAGGCAGUGGGCGACCCACGGAGGAGAAGACGUCCCUGUUUAUGCCUUGGGACCGCUAGCCACCACACUCUUCACAGGAACCUUCGAUCAGAGCUACAUCCCGCACGCUAUCGCCUACAGCGCCUGUUUGGGAGAGCACCGACUGCGAUGCCAGGGCCUGGACAACUACACCGCCCCCCAGGCGCCCAACUGCGUACCCCCGGAAGUCUCCAGCGUGUCCGCCGCGGGCCAGCCGGUGGUGAUCGCCAGCAGCGUGAUGGCCGACGACGGACAAAGGGUCAAGUCCUCAUCGGCGCCCAAUUUUACCCCUGCCGCCCUCAGCGUAUGUUUAGUGGCAACUCUAAAGUUCGCAGUAACGUAAUAAAGCGGUCGUGACCCAAACGGAUGCCCAGGGUAGGUCUGAAAACAAACUCUAACUGCAAAGUGACAUGUACAUAUUUAUAUAACGGACUGUAUAGAAAGUGUUUCGUCGUAUACAAUUGUGAAAGGGAUUUUUGUAUAGUGUAUAUAAAGAUAAUCCGUGACUGCACUAAACCAAAGGAUAAUUAGUUGUGUUCCUUAAGACUCCGGUGCCGCUAGGACGAUCGCUGGACGAAAAGCACUCCACUCACUGUGUUUGUUGAACGUUGUCUGAGUUUACUUAAACGUUAUAGCGCUGUUAAUGGACCCUCUUGAACGUUCAAUUAUUGUUUCAACUCACACACUACAUGUUAAUUUGGGAUUGUAAAUUUACAUUUAAAUAAAUUAUUAU